AUGAUCAGGCCCCUCGCAAGCACGCGACCUCUCGCGCGAGGUUUCGCGUCCAGUGCUCGCGCGCUCUCCGAGGCCGCAUCGUCUUCUGCACCCGCACCAGCAUCAGCAGCACCUCGCCCACGAACAACCAACCCAUCGCAGCAGCGCUCCUCUCAAAGCGGCCAGCGCAACCGGGAUCGACCUCCGCGAAGGGAAGGCAGUCAGAACAACAUCCGAAACGGUGGCGGUGAGCGACGCGGCAAACGACUGCCAUCGGUCUUCGACGCCGCCUCCUCCUCCAACGAGAGCCGAGCCGGUCGCGGAUCCAACGUCAAGAGUCUCACUCAGGGUUCCAGGAAGAUGCCUGCACCGCUGCCAAAGACCGACUGGAACAACCCGCUCUUCUCCAAACCCGGUUUUGAACGCUCGCUCGCAUCUGCGCCCCGUCCUUCAUCGAUCUUCGUUCCCAGCCUCGCAGCCGCAGCACCUUCCGCAUCAGCAUCCGGAGGCAAGGGCAAGGGCAAAGCUGCUGCAGCGCCCGUCAAGUCGGCCAACGACAAGCUCAAUCUGCCCGGCAUCAAAACCGCCAACAGCGCGCUCAAGCUCCACCUUCGACCUGGAGCACGAAACAUCCUCGGUCCGAUGCACCACCCAACCGGAGUCGCCGCUGGCUUUUUGUCACAGAACCGAGUCGUGCUUCCACGAUCGACGGAUGUGAAGGCUUCGGAUGAUAAGUCGCUGGCAGCAGAGCUCAAAGCGGCUAGGAUCGCCUUGCAGGAUGAACAGAUCGGAGGCUCGUACGACCGAUUCCAGACGCAGUCGGUGCUCAAGGCAGCUGGCGUUCCCGUCGACAGCAAGGGUGCGUCGAUCUCGGUCAAGGCAGUCCAGGAUGCCGCACAAGCGCUCGCUGUCAACCCUGACGUUGCGCCAGAGGGCAAGCACUUUGUCACCAAAACCAUCUCCGAACGAUUGAGCGCUUGA